AGACGGUCUCCUGACGAGGAAGACUUUUGUAGAGACGACUAGAGUCUGGAUGAAUGAGAAGAGAGACAUGACUCCAUCAAAAAGGUCUAAUUCCUCUCUUAUGGGGGGGGGAUAGAAAAGUCAAGUUCAGCUCCUUCCUUCGACGAGUCGUAUCUUGGCGAUUUGAUCGAGUUUCAGGCUGUUCUUGAGUCUACUUCGCCCCUGCUGCCGAAUCCGAAAGGAGAAAAGGGAAGCAUCUGCAUCUCAAGCGCAAAAGGAGGAAGUCGCGGUUCGCAAAAAGACCGGAAGCAGACGGUCUUAGCCGAAAGCGACGCCACGAAGCUGGUUAGGAUGACGCUGGCGGAGCGUCGAGCUAGAGGACUUUGGGCACCGCCAACGAAACCAGAAGAUGAAGCCUACCAAAUCUCGAAAGAGAAACUAGUGGAAUGGAACAAGAAGGCCAUACGGAUGGGGCCUCUACGUGGCGGCUGGCCUAGACAAGGAGAUGACCUAGGCAGAAAUACGAGCUGGGAAAGUCCGAUGGUUGAGGCAAAAACGAGCGAAGACACGUGGGAAUUGUGCAGGACGUUGCUCUGCGCAGCUGGUGGAGGCUUCGAUACUUGGCCAGGAGAAAGUAAGGAGAACAUGUCUGAAAAACAAAACUUUCCACCAGCUGCCUCUUCUCUGGCAAAUAAUACGGAGGUGGCAAGGAAAGUGAUCAACAACUUCGACAAGCUCAGAGACGUGGAUCGGAAGAAGAAGGAAGAAGAAGUAAAGAAGGCUUAUAGAAAAAACUCUACAAGCGUGAUCUUGAAUAGAAAGAAGCGCUAAAGACCUUCUGAAAGUAAGUAGGCAAAAGACGAGGGCGGUGCCUUGAAAGCUCCUUCCUCCUCCAAGUUGAAGAGUCCUCGAACAGCUUAGCGACUGUUGGAGAACAAAGAUGCUACAUCGAAGGGCAGUCGCAUGGUGCUGCAGUAGAAGCAAAGUCGGUGAGGACAAUAGGCUUAGAGCCAGAAAUUUCAAAGAGUAAGAAACUUCAAUCUAAAAGCAGGGCUCUGCGCUGUUAGAAGAAGGAAGUACUUAAGUGAGUAGAGGCUCUCUUUAGAGAAAGGCAGCCGUCGCCUAGAAGGAAAUAGAAAAUACGGAUAAAAUGAUAUGACUAGCCGCCGGUGACGGUGAGAGCAUCGAACUGGGGUAGUUGAUUUCUCAACGUGUCUUGCAGUGCCGACUAG